AUCUAUCAACAAAACUGAAUUGCACUACAUGCCGCAAAUUAAGUGAUAACUCCUGAAUUUAUUCUGCGUGCCCAGAAUUGAUAUUACCUUUGUAGACCCUUUGUACUGUAUUUAUAAUUUGGUCGGCACAGAACAGAGACAUUUCAGUCACAUCAACUGCACUAGUAGAAAAUAUGACAGAAAAAUAAGCGCAAAUAUGUCUUAACCACUUUUCAAAUUACCAGCAGGCUGAAAAGCCUUUCACUUUAUUACUCAAUAACAGGAAGCUCAUUAUUAUUUAUUGGAGCAUGUGGUCAUUUGCAGACUCCAUGUCAAAUUGCACAGAAAAAAAAAACCAACCGAAGAGCUUGGCUAGGAAAAAAUUUCGAUUUUCAUUAUUUCAUUAUCUGAAAAAGAUUUCCAGUUUUCAUUCUUAGACGAAAAAUUGUCUCCGCAAUUUACUCCUAAAAAUACACUUUGAUCUAAUAAGUUGCCGCAAAGUUCACUGAUAUAUUUUUCGUUUAAUUUUCAUGGACAUAAUUAUUGGUCACAGACGGAAUUUUGCGUCCAAAGUGUCGGUUUAAAGCUACAAUUGUUUUAAAAAAUAGUAAUGGAAACAUUUAAUCUUCAAUUUCAUUAAGAUUAGCACUUUCAUCACAAUAAAUUUUUCGAUUAGAAAUAAUUUGAAUCGAAAGCAAAAUUAAUUCUUUUUCAAAUAUAGUUUUUCAGCUCGAAUUCAAAGUUUGACCUGACCUUUCAAUAGUGCAAUUUAAUUAAUUUUAGUGAACAUUUCUUUUGCCAAGCGACCGACUUUAACUCACAGCACGUAUCUAUUCACAAUAGCUGACAAAAAAACAAUAUCAACUAAAUAAUAUCAACUUGCAUUAAAACAAUCAAAUGCAUUAAGACGAAAACUUCUCAUGAUUGUCUACUUAAAGGCAAAUCAAAGGAACAAAAAAAACGUUUAAACUAUAUCUUUGGUUAGCAACUGCAUAUCGAAGGAAUAUUAAAAACAUGAAUAAGGAAAAAUGUAAAGAUUUGAUUUUCGCUGGAAACAACUUUUCAGAGUUUCAGAAAAGCUGCUGCAAUGCCAUUCAAUUGAUUUGAAACCGAGUUUAUUGAACUAUCCGAGUUUACAACUCAUUUUAUUUAGCAACCGAUUGUUCAAACCUUCUGCUCUGGUAUCAGCACUACGAAAUCGAAUGAACAAAAUCCACAUAAAUACUUCUUUUUUGUUACCAUUAUUCUCAAUUUUGACUAUUCAAAACAAAUAAACACGCAAACGAACAAUUAAAACCACACAAAAAAAACUUCAAAAAAUCAAAUAUGAUUUCCUACUACGGAACCACAGACAAUGGCGGAAGUCUAACAACGGACAACAACGAAGUGUACCAAAAAACCGAUGCCAGUGAUGAUUCCUAUUCCUACUUGUACCCUACCGGAGAUUUGUCUAUUACAGGCCAAGUGGGCGUGGUGCUGGGUGGCAUGAUGGAGUGGCUAGAGUGGUUCGGGUGGAAGACCAUAGUCCUCUUCCUCAUCAACUUCCUCUGCAUGGCUGUCUCAAUUGCCAUCAUCUUCGUAAUCAACGAGAGCUCCCGCAACGCCCAAAAACGAAGACGCCAAAACAACAAGCGUGACAGAGCCACGCCUAUGUUUACACACAACGAACAACAACAACAACAACAACAACAGCAAUCUCCAAGGACAGACUCAACACAGAUUCAGCAAAUUAACACUAUAACUCAUCAUUACUCUUCACUGUACAAACCAACUGCGAUAAAACCACAGUCCAUUUUUAAGCCUCACACAGUCGAUAUUUACGCCACACCAUCACGAAAGAUAAACCCUGACAGGUCUCAUAUUUCAAGCACAAGCGCUACGAUUAAUCACCAUUCCAUUACUGAUAUCUCAAAAAUACAACCAAAUUUCGCCUCGUAUGAAACCCAAUUUGAUAGUAAGAGUCAACAGCGCAAGACAUCUUAUGAUACAGAUCAGCCAAAUUUUCAUCCACAGAUGAGUCAAAUGGAUCAACAAAAUGUGGGACUUCCAAGACCAAACUCGGAUUUCUCGAUUGCACAGCAGUCGAUGAGCGAAUCAGCUAACAUGGCAGGCAGUUUGUCCCGAUUGAACUUGUACAGUGUGCAGAACUUGGUGCUAUCAGCCAGGGAUUCAGUCUGUUAAUAAUUUAUUAUACUUUAAACUUUAAAUGAGUUAAAUUAACUUUAUUGAUCACACAGGUGAAACCGAGCUUAGCACUACUUAUGAAGCAAAAUUUAAUAUAA